UCGUACCGUGAGCACGCCACGGAAGGAAUCCCCCCGGACGCGUAUGCAGCGUGGUAGUUGAAAAAUACUACAUUUACGUCAGUUCGUUAACCUGCCGAGGUGUCGAGAAACUUUAACAAUUAUUCGUGAUUCGAUAAAGACACCUGAUCGAUCGGAGAACGUUUGAAAAUAACGACGAAACCGGCGAUUCCGGCGAUUCCGAUGAAAUAAUCGACAAAACUAACAAACGAAAGAAGAAACGAAAGAUCGAAGAUAUUCGAUUGUUGUAAUUACCUACGUUAUUAUUAUUAUUAUUAUCGUAUAGUUCAAAACCGUGUGAUAUUAUUUAAUUUAAACAAGUGAGUUGGUUUUUCGGUGGGUUUUGUUUCGUUUUCUCAGUGCUUUUACAUAUUUGACGAUCAUGAUUCGUGCGCCGUUCUCUCCGACUUGUGCCAUUUUCGGCGUCGUCGCUUUUAUCAUCGCGGGGGUCGCCGAAGGUGCCCAACACCAGACUGUCGAAUCGAAAAUUCGCGAUGACAUCAACUUAUCUCAGUUUUAUCAACUAUUGGAAUCAAGUCAAAUCGCCAACAAUACUCUAUCCUUCAGGCAAGUUACCGUUUUCGCACCAACGAACAAAGCCUUCCAAAAGUACAACGGGAGCACCGAUGACCUGGUCCUCUAUCACAUGUCGAAUCUGGCCCUGAAACUCGAUGAAUUUGGAACGUCAAUGUUGUCCGAAUUGACGGGGAGUCCUCCGCUAUGGGUAACGCGAAAAACUGUGAAUUAUCGUCCGGAAAUUUACAUAAACAACGCCCAAAUCCUCGAGGAGAGUAGCAAUUAUGAAUCGAGCAUCAGAAUUGGAAGGAACGGACCAGUUCAAAAGCAGGUGCUUCACGUGAUUAAUGAAGUCCUAGAACCGGUUCGAUCCAAUCCGACAGCCCAGCCGAUCUACAACCCCAACGCUUUCCAGUUCUUGAACCAGAGCGAAAGUCUCAACUUGGGACCCCACAGAGUACGCUCUUUUCGUCAACGAAUUUCCCUGAUGAACAAGGAGGAGGUAUUCAAGGCGGACGGGCGAUACACCUUUUUCAUCCCGGUAGAUGAGGGCUUCAAGCCCGAAACUCGCUCAGGAAAAAUCGAUCAGAAAGUCAUCGACGGUCACGUGAUUUCUGGCCACGUACUCUUCACCGCACCAACUCCGAACGACAAACCUUACAAAACCCUGGCAUUCACAGACAACAUCAAAGUCACCGUCAGCUUUUUAACCGAACAGGACGGCAAAGCUACUCGUACUUACGUCAAAUCGAACACAUUGGCUGGUGACAACACGCAUGCGAAGGGUGUCGUUCUCGCUGAAAUCGUCAAAGCAAACAUACCCGUACGUAAUGGAGUCGUUCAUCUUAUCCAGCGACCACUCAUGGUUGUGGACACGACCGUCAAACAGUUUCUAGAGUCUUUCAAGGGCAUCGAAAAGGAGGAUGGACCGGUCUACAAGUUUUACGAGGCUAUUGUGGACGUCGGCGGAGACUUCUUGAUCGACAUCACCAAGCAACGACAAGUCACCCUCUUCGCGCCGAGCAACGCUGCCUGGGAUGAACCCAGCCUGCGGCACAUUCGACAAGACAAAAAACGAAUGUUAGAAAUACUGAAACUCCACUACGUCAAGGAACUACUGCCGCUCGAAAAAAUCGUCAACAAUAACAACAACCUCCAGAUUGCGAGGAACGGACGAAAACCUUGGGAGGUGCCGACGGCGGCCGAACGAAAGAGUCUUUACUUCAAUAUAAUUCAAGGACCAAAUGGCAACGAGACACUUACCGUAGAAGGUGGCGGUGUCAACGCAACAGUGAUUACUCCGAAUAUCGCGGCCACAAAUGGAAUCCUUCACAUAAUCGACAGAGUCCUUGGAGUCCCCUACACGACUGUUCAAGAAAAAUUGAGAACCGAUCCCAUGCUGAAUUCCACCUAUUUCCUGGGUCAGCGCACAGGUUUCAACAACCAACUGAACGACACCAGAAAACGUUUCACUUACUUUGUACCCCGUGACUCCGCUUGGCAGGCAGCCGAAAUCCAAUAUCCUUCCACCUACAAGAAGCUGUUUAUGCCCGAAUUCGCUUACCACGCUGAACAAAUAUUGCAACGACACCUGGUGAUAGCCGAACAAGCUUACACGAUGGCGAAGCUCAAAGAAAUGCACUUCAACGAUACCAUAAUUUUACCCACAGUGAGGGACACUCUGAAACUUCGUGUUAAAGAAACUGGCGACAACGUCGAUGACGAAGGCGAGGAGUAUGACGAGAACGCAAUACGUCCAGGCCGACCCGGUUACCUAGUGGAGUGGCAGAACGAAUGGAUCCGAGUAUUCCGUCCGGACGUUGAAUGUACCAACGGUAUAAUUCACGUUAUCGACGCCGUAUUUUUAAAGGACAGUGACGUCCGAGUAACCGGAAGUGCAUCGCUGGCAACAUUCGGACCUCACCUGGUCAUGAUUCUCAUAGCAAAAUGGUUACUGUAAGCUCCGACAAAGAAACGACGACGAGCCACCGUCUGCGGGUUACACGUCUCCCUUACGAUAUAAAAAAAAAAAAGAAAAAAAAAAUAUAAGAGUACCUUGAGGCUGAGUGAUUCGAGUUACGUUCCAAAUAAUGUUACGCGAGCUACGAACCUGAAAUGGCCCUGCAACUUGACCCGAGUGAAUAUAUCUCCCCUUAUCCGAUCCUCCCCUAAUUCCAGUUUGUUCGUAUCACUGUGUCAAACCGUGGUACGAUUGUCCGGGAAAUAAAAAAAAGAGACCGAGAAAAAAAGGAAAGGAAGCGCGAGGUUCGCGAGGACCUUUCACCGAACACAAACGAUACAGGAAAAAGUUGCUGACGUCUACAACCGGAAGAUGAAAGACAGUAAGAAAGAAAUAGUGGAAUCGCCUCACUCUCUCCCUCUUACAUCCCACAACUUCCCGAGGAAAUUAACUCUGCAGCACCCACAUACACACUCUUUGUUCGUCUUCUUGGCGGGUUGUGCGGGGGCAGGCUCAAAUUUCUUACGUAUCUAGAUAAAUAGGUAUACGUCUAUGGAUGUGGGUGUGAGUAAGCGUCGCGUCGAAGGGACUUCCUCUGGAGGUAACGGGCUGCCACGUGACUGGGGAUUGAAUACAGCGCGUUUGGUGAAUCACCGUAAAUAAGAAUCAUGGAUCAGUUGAGAAGGCGCUUGGAUCAGAGAAAAAUGACGGAGAAGACGGAAAAAAGAAGAUAAAACGAAUAGUUGUAUUAUGGUUAUAAUAAUAAAGGAUAAAUGAAGAUUAAAAUAAUAAUAAUAAUGAAUAUGAUAAUAACUAAUACAGUAAUAAUAAUUAUAGUGAUUAUGAUUAUAUGUAUAAUCGUAAUAAAAAUGAUAUUAUUAUAAUGAUAAUCACUCAGCCUCGAGCGUUGUUUAGCCUAUUAUUUAUUCAGGAUUGUUCGGGGGAUAAUUUUACGGGUUAGACAUAAAUCGUACCAAAUAAUUAAUAAAUACAAUAUUAUCAAAAAUAAAAUAAAAGAGAGAAUUUUUAUUUUUAAUUUUUUUUAAUGAACUGCAGAGUGAGAGAAUCGAUGAAAAUUUUUUUGGAUAAUUACUUAAGUUUCUCAACAUAAUUACGGUUAUUCUCUUCGCUCUACUGUUUCGAUGAUUCAUUUGUACGAAUUUAAAGAGAUAGACGAAACAAACGACAAAAAAUAAUGGAAAGAUGAAAUGAAAUCAAUAAUAAGAUCAAUCAGGUGCGUAAUUGUCUUAUUAUCAAACGGUUAAUUCAAGUUCGUACAUUAGACUUAUACAUAUACAUAUUGACGAUAUUUCUCAAUUUAAUAAUCGAGAAUUCAUCAUUUGAUCCGGACACCCCACAACGACAAUGUCCGGGGAAUGCCACACUCGAUGACUGGAGGCAGUUUUCGAACUCAAUAAAAAAAAAAAAUAAAAAAAAAAAGACAAAAAUGAAAAAAUAUUUCGGGAGCAUGUCCGUGUCAAUUAAUGAUUCUCGAACAUUUCUACUUACCUAUACAUAGAAUACUGCCAGACUACUUCGUGUCACUUUUAUACGUUAUAAAAGGGAAAUCUCAUGCGCUCAUGGUUGAAUACCACAUGCCAUCGGUACGAGUGUGACUAGAAUAUAUGCAGACACACAUGUAUUAUUCACCCAUCCACGUAGGCGACGCUGACGGUUUUCGAGGCAUUUCGUACUCCUGCAGCUUACAUUUUAUAUCCAUCGCUCAUACGGUUAAACUCGCGAAACAAUGAGAAAUGAAAUAAAAAUCUAACAAUACAAAUGAAACGAUUGGGUUUGAAAUGUCGUCCAUCAUGAGCAACUAGAUUAUAGUUUAAUUCCACCUUUAAUAAUAGAAGUCCUCUAAGGGGUUAUACGAGUACGUGUAUACUUUAAAAUUCCAUACUUUUUAAGGAUUCAUUCGUGUCAAGGUGAGUUGGUGAAAAUGGUAGAAGUAAAAACGAACAAUGAAAAAACACAAAAAAAAAUAAAUAAAUCAAUGAGAUAAAUGAGAUGAAUGAAAUAAUAAAUCAGGGUCUGUGGAGCUUCGCGCAUUCUUCCAGUUUUUUUUUUCCUUUAAUUUACUAUCGCAAAUCAGCUGCGAUACCGGUAAACAUUACAUUUCGUUAGCGAAAAGUAGAAAGAAUUGGACCACUAGGUAAAUUAGAUCAAUCUACAAGAAGCUCACAGCUUGCCCUAUAUUUUCUUAUGGAACGGUCCAAUUUACCUAUGGUUGUUUGAUCAGCCCUUUUUUCUCUUAUUUUCGAUCGUGAGGUUUCACAGAUCUUGACUAUUGUUUGAAAAUAGAUACUUUUGAGCUGCAAUUGUUAUACAACCGCGUACUAGAAUAUUCAUAUUCAACCAAUGUUACAGAUACGCAGGGUCCUUUUUAAGUAGACGAGUUUAACUACUGUACCACGCGCCAUAUAGUAGAAACAUGAUCAUCAUUGUACGUAGGUAAUAUACGUAUCACGUUGACCAUCGUAGAAAAACUAAGAGAUUGUGUGGCGUCUAAUCUAUUAUGUAAAAGUUUUUAACGUGACGUUCGAUGUUUUCAGAGUUGAGAAUAUUGUUGUGUAAACAAGUACUGUUUAAGGGAAAGCGUGUAUAAUAUACAUAUAUGAUAAUAUAAAUACCACAGAAUUUGAUCAGCGUACCUAUUCGCGAUUGAAAUUGGCGAGUUUGACAUCUAGAAAUCACUUCACGUGUGCAUCCAAUUAUACUGAGUACGUGCAUAAAUGGUAUAAAAUGAUAUUUAGGUGUGUAUAAAGUGAGGAUAAAAAAUAAAUAAAAAAAAGAUAAUUAGAGGAGUAAAAAAAUCAUGGUUCAUGUCCAGAAAUCAAAGAAACUCGACCAACUGACUAUAGGUUAGAUAAUAAAUCACGCGCUUCACGCCUCAUCGAUUCAAAAUUGAAAAUAAAUCAAUAAAUAUUGUUACACGUAACGUUGGGGGGAGGGGGAGGGGCCAUCGAGGGAGGGUACGGAAAUGAAGGAUUAACUUGACGAUCCAUCCACGUUUGGGUUGAGCUGUUAUUGACAAUUAUACUGAUUGCGAAUAUUGAACGAGGAUAAUUCAGCGUGUUUCAGAUUCAUUUUUAAUACAACUAUUAAUCAAUCUUACGUGUUGAUAUCAAUCUAUACAUAUAUAAUAUAUAAUAUACAGAGAUAUAUUGGAGAAGAAAGUACGAUUGUGAAAAAAGCGGAAAAAAAUAGAAAAUAAAUAAAUGAAUAAAUACUAUGAAAUACUAACUUACUUGUUGUUGAGAUGAAUAACUAUUAAUUAUUAUAUAUACAUAAACUCGGAUUAACACUGUUUGUUCGUUAGAUCAAUGAAAUAGUAGAACUCUAUCUCUCCGUAUAGAUGUAUCUUAAUGUUUGGCUUUAACAUAAAAUAAAUUCGUAUAAAAAUAAAUCAUCGAUAGGAUCGAAUCGCGCUUGAGUACGAAUCGCCAAGUUUUUGUCGUUGCAUUGCGGAUCCCAAUCUGUUUGGUAGUUAACUCAUUGUACUAUAUAAACUAUGUCACAGUUACCCAAAAAUUUAUAUUAUCUGAAAUGAAAAAAAUUAACAACUAAGUAAGAAAAUUCAGUCUUAACUAACAGAGCUUAUCAUGAAUACAGAUACUCAUACAUACAUAUUUACGGUUACCCAUUUGUAUUACGGUAAUACAUCUGCCUUCAUGUAUGUUUAUUACAUAUUCGAUUAUCCCUCGUCAUAAAUUUUCUACCCAUAUUAUUUAGAACAAUGCGGUUUUACUGUAAUGCAAAUGGUUAAAUUAAUCUACUUCAAUGAUCCCUGGAUUCCAAUGGACGAUUUUCCCUCACCACGAUUAUAAAAUAUGAAAAACAAAAAGACAACAAUAAAAUGAAUUAUAAUAAAAUAUCAAUACAUAAUUUCAUCUCAUCGUCAUUAUUUGUACAUUUUGUAGAUAUAUAACAAUAUUGCUUAAUAAGGGCAUACAUUACGGUAAAUAUUAAACACUAGUGUUUAGAAAUGAACGUUAGUAGAUGGAAGUGAUGGAAUGAUGUAAUAAAAUAAUAAUAUCAUGUUAAAUAACCACGUGACGUGAGUCUCGCAUCUACUUGAAGUGCGGAUACUCGCGGUUUUCAGUAUCCAAGUGAUCGUUGUUGUCAAAUCAUCCGAUACCUACAUCUUCUUUUUUCUUACUAUACUGCAUUCGCAGUCAACCGCGGCGGCGCUAACAAUAAGCCAAAAUCAUCAUUUUUCAGAAAUAACUAUUUUCACUCCUUGCAGAGAUGUGCGAAACACUUCAUACCUUUAUAUUUUACAUCACCCAAGAAAUUUCCAACAUCUCAUUCAUGAAGUAAAUCAAUCCUCACUUUCCUUGACUCGAGCGUUCUAAUGUAUUGACGCAACAGUCGCGUAAUUCCAGAGACAAAAGCAAAAACCGAAAAAUUAAUGUCCUACUGUACUAUGCAUUACUGUAAGUAUAUUGAGUCUUUGUGGAAAUAGUGAUUAUUAUUAUUACAUUAUUAUUUCAAUUAUUCUUAUCACGAUGAUAAUUACUCAUUACGUGAUUAUGAUUGUCAUUAUGAUUAUUAUCAUGAUUAUUAUUAUUGCGUUGUUGCUAACAUAUAGAUUUCAACACUACAGUAUUUCAGUGAUUUAUCUACGAUACCUGAUCAGGAGAAAAACAUAUAACGUAUCAUUAAAUCGAUGGCAAAAACUGAAACGGUUAAAAUUUCAGGUCUUUCCAUUUAUACGUUGAAAUAAUUAUCUGAAGUACUGCAAAGGAUAAAAACAAUAUUUGUUGUAAAGGGAAAUCAUAUAGACAUUUUUGAUUCGGAAAGUUCUCGAAUCUUCUAUACCGGAUUUUCCGGGCCUGAUUGUUCAAAUGGAAUCCAUAAAGGCAACCAACAUCUCAAGUAUUACUGACCGGCCGGUCAAAUUAGUUGGCACAAUCAUUUUUACCAAAAUAAAAGUGAGAUUCCAUCCCGCUGUUCGUGAUUUGUAAAAUUUGAAUCUUUUAAUUCAACCAUGGAGUGUUCAUUAACAAAAGGUUAAAAAGCAGCAAAAAUUACAUUAACGAUAUUGAAACAACGUAACUUUAAAUUACUAUAAUAAAUCAGUGAAUAAAUUUGAGUCCCGUUUUUACAUUGGUGAAAAUGAUUAACGUUUUCAGAUGAGAAUGAUUUUGAAAAAUAAAAAGGCACGAUUCCGUUUUAUGUCAUUACAGCUCACGUUAUAGCUACUUUUGCAGCAAUAAUAAUUUCGAUGACAUGGAAUUUAUCAAUAUACGUAUUCACGAGACUAACAGAUUUCUUAUUUUGCGAAUAAACGAAAAUUCAAUCUGCUGUGAAACGAGCAGAUGAUUGAAAUUGGAAAUACCGUGCAAUUCGAUGAACGAGGCGUGCUUGUGCGACAAGUAUAUAAUAUAUACAAAAUAUAUUCAAUAAUUUGAAGAUGAUUUUUCAAUUGAAAGCGUAUUGAAAAGUUGGAAAUCUGAAUGACGUAAUCGGUGGGUGUACCCCUAAAUUAAUUGUAAUAAGUCAAGAUCGAGGAUCGAUAAAUCCGAGGAAGGUUUCGGUCGAGUAUAAAUAAUUAUUAUCAAAUAAUUUGAUAUGAUCCGAAGUCAACUAAGUCUAAUGAUAAUAUUAUGAAUAAAAAUGAGUAAAAACAAAAAAAUAAAUAAAAUACGAUAAAAAUAAAAAUAAAUAAUUAUUUAUUAGCUAUGUUACUAGAGAAAUCAAAUUUACGUACCACAGAUCUAUUUGUAUAAAACGCAUUUAUUUCGAAUAUAAUAUUAAUAAUUACUAUAUUUAAUUGCGAUUGCGAUAAUAUUAGGUAUAUAUUUUAGAUAAUUAUUCAUUGAUAUAAAUGAUAAUUUUAUUAUUAGGGACAAUCUAUGCAAAGUUAGUUUUAUUAUAUUGAAUUUCAAUGCUAAGUUUCGAUUAUUAUGAACGACUUUUAAGAAAAGAUGAAAUUUCUUUCAAAUUUGUGCAGCUUCAUUAUAUUCCGAUUACCGAUUGAAUAAUGGAUCAAAUGAUUUUUCAAACAAGUGGUAACUAGCCUAAUGAAUGUUUUCUUCUACUUUUCUGCAGAAUUAAUCCACCGCGCUGCACACAGGCAAUUUCAAAAAGUUUGAUUUUAUAGCUUGAUAAAUUCUCUGAUAAAUCACCACGCACCUUAAGAUUAUAUAAAGAAAAAGUUUCCAAGUCACAACAAUAUCGGCGUGCGUUGGUGGUAUAGGUACUGCCGAAAACUUUCAACAGAUUUUGUGUAUUAAAAUGAAAUUACUUUUCCCUUCAGUAUUUCAGACAUAACUUGGAAUGAAAAAUAAGCAAAUAAAAUAAAAGAAAAUAAAUAAAGUGUACCGAAAGAUUCAUAUGACAAGACGUGUAUAAAGCCACUUGUUUCAUAAAAUAUUAUAUAGACAUUUAUUUGCUUCGACACUUUGUGAAAUAACGCUUUUAAUGUAUGAUUUUAAUGAAAAUAAAGAACAACCAAGAUGAAAAAAAA